AUGGCUUUGCUCACUCCAUAUAGUCAGUCAUUCCCUGGCUUGGUCGCUGCUGAAAACCCCGAGACUUCGGCUUUUGGAUAUCAUGACCUCACGUUGAAAGAAUGGAUCACUCGCUCCACUGACUCAACCCGAGCUACCAUUGGAGUUGGUGAAAAGCUAUCCAUUCCAAGGAAGCCAAAUGUCGCAGAGACUUACAAAACCGACGACCGAGGAUGGGAAAAGUGCCAUUGCGAGACACUUCAAAGACCACGUCAGGGGCCAUGGAAUGGCCAAAGAUUGAGCUACGGAGCAACAUUUGUUCGGCACCGGUUGGUGCCACCAAAUGCAGGGGUAGAAGUUCAGAUCGAUGACUGUCAGCUGCAGACUGUUCCCUUCCGUGGGAAUUCUACAAACAUGGACUAG